AUGUCCUCCUACAAUCAGCUCCUAAGCCCCAAUGCCACAUUGCAAUACCAGCGUCUCUAUCCUGCUUUUGCGUACUUAUACCAAACCGUCCAGAUAACCGAUGAGCAUGGAAACCUACAAUAUAUCCCUUUUCCCACCUGCAAUGAGACGAAUCAACCUCUGUCGUUCGCGUACAAUACACCUCGAACCCAAACAUGUACCAUCGAUCCGUUAUCCGACGAACUGUACCAUUUAUUCGAAUUCUUCGUCCACAGUGACGUACCUUUGACAUGUCGCAUUCCAUCAUAUCCCUUAUCCCAAGAAGAUCCGGGAAUAAUCUCAUCACUAUCCGAGGUGGGAAGAGCGGGAGUUGAUAAAGAUCUUUGGACACCAUUCACAAUUGCUCUUCAAGGGACAUUACAGUUGUCCCAUCUCCACCUCUAUACAAACAUAAAUGUCCUCUUUCACAUGUCUCCCGACCCGAGUCCGUCCAAGACCUCCGCGCAAUCACAUCUGAUUGCAUCGACCGCAUACUCUCUCCCCAAUACCUCGUCCUCAGCGCCGGUAGAGGGUGCCAAGAUUGUUCGUAAUGAACCGAUGGUGCUCACGUUCAAUGUUGGAUGGAUAGAUGGUGCCGUCUUACCGGGAAUGGUUGGCCGCCCCGUACUUACCGUGAAAGAUCACAGCCUGGGAUUUUCGCUGUUGAGUUUCUUCGCCCUGGCUGCGAGCGCUGGUGUCGGAGCGAUGGCAAUGCUCGUGUAUGAGAGACGAAAGAGCGGGAGAAGUGGCAUUUACAGCAAUGGAAUAUUGGGCGGGAAUGUCGGGAAUGGAAUGGCAAGGAGUUCGGGUUACGGAGGAUAUGGCGGGUAUAGCAGUAGUCUGGGUAAAAGAGAUUGA